UUGUGCUGUUUCGCGCUUUUUUCAUGUUGGCAUAGCUGUGAAUUCCCACUAAUUUUUCCAAGUCCAUUCAUUUAUAGAGAGACUUCAUUCAAGUUCUGACGUGUUUUUGUGCGGCUCGUUAUUUUAUUUCGAUUUUUGAAUUGCCUUUUGAUCGAUUUUAAUAAUAAAGUAGAUCGUAACCAUGUUCGAGGCUCGGUUGAUCGCAAGCACCACUUUGAAAAAGGUCCUGGAUGCUAUCAAAGAUUUAUUAAAUGAGGCGACUUUUGACUGCAGCGACUCCGGGAUCCAGCUACAGGCGAUGGACAACUCGCACGUUUCGCUAGUCUCACUAUCUCUACGCUCAGAUGGAUUUGAUAAAUAUCGUUGUGAUCGAAAUCUUUCGAUGGGAAUGAACUUGGCCAACAUGUCUAAGAUCAUGAAAUGCGCCAACAAUGACGAUACUGUCACCAUGAAGGCACAAGAUAAUGCUGACACAGUAACGUUUAUGUUUGAAUCUCAAAACCAAGAGAAGGUUUCCGACUACGAAAUGAAGCUGAUGAACCUUGAUCAAGAACAUCUAGGAAUCCCAGAAACGGAUUACGCUUGUAUCGUAAGAAUGCCUGCCAUUGAGUUUGCUCGCAUCUGUCGAGAUCUUUCUCAGUUUGGUGAAUCGGUCGUCAUUUCCUGUACUAAAGAAGGUGUAAAAUUCUCCGCAUCAGGAGAUGCUGGAUCAGCUAACAUUAAGCUCGCUCAGACCUCAUCCGUUGAGAAGGAAGAAGAAGCUGUCAUCAUCGAAAUGCAAGAACCGGUGACACUAACUUUUGCUUGUCGCUACCUAAACUCAUUCACAAAGGCCACACCACUAUCCAGUCAAGUUCAGCUAUCAAUGUCAGCAGAUGUUCCGUUGGUUGUGGAGUAUAAAAUUACAGACCUCGGUCACAUUCGAUACUAUCUGGCACCUAAAAUCGAAGAUGACGAAAAUUAGGCUAGUUAUCUGUAUUACGUUUAAUUCUCCAUUCGUAUUUAAGCGAUAAGAAACCCUUCAUAAUAAAUGUUAAAAAAAUAUCUACAAAGUAAGUAAACAAA